AUGAAACAAUCAAAGAAAAAGAAAUCCAAGAACCUGGCUUUAAAAUCCCUGCACAGUGCCCUUAGAGGAUUACUAGAUGAUCCUAAAUUCCAAUAUGGUAAUCCUUCCAAACUGAUAAAGCCACCACCAAGGGAGAAGGAAGAUAAAGUGGAAAAGAAAAAGAGAAAACACCAUAUUACGAAAGAAAGAAAGAGAAUUCUUAGCGUUGGUGGAGGAUUUGACCUAAGGGACGAUGAUCAACAUGACUAUUUCAAUGAGAAUGAAUCUCUUACCAGAAAGAAUGGAAUCAUUUAUAUUAAAUCCAGGGAGAACGUUUUGAUUCCCAAACUAACCGAUGAUGAAGUUAUGGAACGCCAUAAGAAGGCUGAUGAGACCAUGAAAGAAGUAUGGACAAACAUCAUUAAUAAGUAUGAAUCGAUGAAGAAUCAAGGUGAUCUAAUAAAUCUACAAACGGGAGAAAUUAUAGAAGAUAAUGGUCACAUAAAAGGCUUAAAUCAUGAAUAUACAAAUACCGAAACUGUAGAAACGAGAUACAAAAGUACUUUAAAGGAUAUCCUAGAUAUCAACGAUGGUGAUGAACUAGAUGAUGAAUAUAGUAUAUGGCAAGGUGAAGAAGAGAGGGGAAUUGAAGAUGAUAUGGGCGACCUUGAGGAAAAUAAUAGCGGAGAGUGA